UUUUAAUGUCUUUUUAAUGUUUUUCAGGAAAGGCAUGAAGUUAAAUCCAGACUACAAGGAGUCUCACAUUAACCAGAGGGCCGCUAAAUCACUGGCAUAUGGCAGGAAUUACAACUCUCUACAGUACGACGAGGUGGAGUGUCUUAUCAACAAGGAGUACACAGUGAAGUGUCGCAGAGAAGGCAAAGAAACCUUCAUUCCGUUUAGCUUCAUUGAACGCUAUUUUGAAGUGUAUGGAACUGUGACACAUUCUGAUGGAGGGCUGGAUCGAUUUGAGUGGCAGCACAGUUAUUCUCAAGUUUAUCCACAGAAGAAGAAAUACACCCCUAGUGGUGUCUUUAUGUCAUUUGAACACUACAAUGUUGAAGUUCGGGACCGAGUGAAAUGCAUCAGUGGUAUGGAAGGUGUUCCUGUGUCAACUCAGUGGGGACCUCAAGGCCACCAUUAUCCAAUUCAGAUUGCCCAGUUUGGCUUAAGCCAUUACAGUAAAUUCCUGAAUGAGGACAAACCAGAUGUUAUCAUCCUAGAAGAUGGCAGCGAUGAAAACCUGCAGAAUUGGUACCUACCAAAUUCUCGCACGCACAUAAAAGUGGUUGAUGAUCCUGAAGUUGGGAAAGUGAUUGAAUUUGAUGCUCCUGAAUCUCAAAAUACCCCAGGGAUAUCCAUGGAUGUGGAAGAGGAUUCGUUUCUUGUUUCCUUUGAUUUUUUCUUUGUGAGCAAUGGCUCAAUAACAGUUUCUCUCAAAGUUCACAAGGACCGCAUCUUUCACAUUCAUUAUGUAUUCAGCAACACGUUGAUAACAAUAGAUAGAACAAACAUCUACUAUGGUCUUGGAGACAUUCCAAUGUCAUGGCGCCACAUUACUCGAGACAUAGCCAUAGACUUCCAGAAAGGAAUGGGAUUACAGUACUCUAAAGUGAAGAAGGGCAAGUUACGCAACAUAAUUGUUCACCUCUCUGCAAUUACUUUACACGGACAAGGUCAGAUGGACAACAUUACCGUUUCUUCAGCUGCACAUCUUGACCAGUUUUAUGAUGCUGCUAACUGGCUUGUCAAGCACCAGGAUGAUCGAGGUGGAUGGCCUAUUAUGGUGGCUCGUAAAUUAAGCAUGCUUGAACUCGACCCUGGUUGGUAUUCUGCUAUGGCUCAAGGGCAAGCCAUGUCUCUCCUUGUCAGAGCCUAUAUAAGAACGAAAAACCCAGUCUAUUUGAAUGCAGCGGUCAAUGGUUUGAAACUCUAUCAGGUGAGCAGUGCAGAAGGAGGUGUUAUGGCCAAGUAUGCAGGUGUAUACACAUGGUACGAAGAAUACCCAACACAACCGAGUAGUUUUGUUCUGAAUGGAUUCAUAUACUCUCUGCUUGGUCUCUAUGAUGUGAAAGAGAUUGCCACUGGAACAGGAAAGCAUCUGGCUCAAAUGCUCUUCGAUACUGGCAUGCAUUCAUUGAAGCACAUGUUACUUCUAUUUGACAAUGGGUCUGGAACAUUCUAUGACCUUAGACAUUUAACCCUUGGCAUAACUCCCAACCGAGCCCGUUGGGAUUACCACACGACACAUAUCAAUCAAAUCCUCUUGUUAUCUACGAUAGAUGAUAAUCCUUUAUUUAAAAACACUGCAGAACGGUGGAUAUCAUAUAUGAAAGGCAAACGAGCACCUCACAAUUGAGUAAAGGAAAUGUUAUUACAUUUAAAAUAUUUUUUUAAAUAUUCUUUAAUAAUAAUUUAUCUUCCUCAUAGUUUUAUUUUUACCGUUUAGAUUUCUACCAAUUCCCCUUUCCUUAGCAGUUUUUUGUUUAUCUUUCAUUUUACGGUUACUAACUCAUCAAAUACAUUUUUGAAAGUAAGUUUCUUUUAACGUUUUAGUGAUAAUUAGUGGUGUUAAUUUAGGUGAUAUCUAAUGACAGAAAUUCCUGUAUGGUUUGGUUGAUGUUUUCUAGCUACCAAAGGCUACUUGUCAACAAGGCCAGACAUGAUCACUCUCUGACAUUAAGAUUUAAAUUUUUCUAUUUUUAAAUUUUCAAAGCUAAAGGAUUAAAUGAAAAGGAUUUUUCAGGAUUUGCUUUUGAAGUCCCUUAGAUCAAUCAAAAUGUAAGUUAUUUUCACUAUCUAAUUACAUUUCAAGCUAAAUUUAUUUGCUUCUUCUAGCAUUUUCCUACUUACGUUUUUGUUACUGUAAUUCCUUAUAUUUUUCUUAUAAUUAAUUUUACAAGGAAAGGAAAAUAACAAAAAAAUUUAAAUAAUUUCUAAUCAAUUCUUGCCCAAAUUGAGAAUUUAAUGGUCGUGUUGAUUUUUAUCUCUUAUGUUUGAAUAUUUCUUCAAAACUUUCAGUGACCUAGCUUUGAAUUAUUUCAAGUUCAUGGCAACAGAACAUUGUAGAAAAUACCAUUCCAUACUUAUCACCUAACCAUAUCAUGUUUGGUUUCUUCUAAUUAUUAUCGUUACCAUUAUUAUUAAUAUUAUUGCUGCUGCUGCUGCUUAUGUGAAAUAGAAUGUUGGUGCUCUUCACACACUGAUUUAUUUUUUCCUCCCCAUAAUUUGUGGUGAGCACUAAUGUGAAGAGAGAGGUUCCUGGAAAUUUGAGUCUGCUAUGCAGUUUUCAUUCCAGGUUGUUUGUUACUCCUUUGGAAAAGAAAUGAAUGUCACAGCACUCCAUUUCUCUUUAUGACGAACCCAAAAGGCAUGUGCCUCGUGGAAGAACCAAUAGAUAUAUCUGAAAAUUAACAACUAUUGGUCCUUCUGUAGGUGUUCCCGUUGCAAGGGAACUAACUCCACACAGGCAUACGAUCAAAUGCUUAGCAUUGGGGGAAGGUCAGUUUUUCUUUUUUCCCCCCCACUGUUGAUAACAUAUCCCUAAGCUCUUGUUAUUUCUCCCUGUUAAUAUAUUAUAUAUCUUAAAAAGAAAUUAAGUUUUAAAAAAUACAUUUAAAUACUUUUCCUUUUAACAUUGGUGAAAUAGUAUUCUAAAAAAAAUGUAACUAACCCCUGUAUCCAAAAUGUAAAAGGUGUCCUAUUUCUUUAACUCUUCCCUUUCCAUUGUAUUAAAGAAUAAUUUAUCCUAAAACACUGCAAAAGCUUUUCACAAAAACCUACUUUUCUAUCUGUAAACAGUCUCUUGUAAGUUAUGAAGUUAUUUAAUCAUUUUGAUACUAGCACAACCUUUAGAUUUAAAAUGCAGAACUUUGUUUUUAAAAAGUUUUUAUAGCAAAAUUAAAACCUUUGCUCUCAAGCUUCAUCUUAUUUAAGGAGAAAGUUAUUUUACUUCAUUCCUUGAAACUUUUGAUUAUUUUUUUAAAAAAAAUAAUUAAAAGACAUAACCAAGUUUCUAGUGAAAAAUAUUGCAUAAGAUGAAGCAAGAUGACUCAACCAGAUCAUGGGUCAUGUAUUUUUAUUGCUGUGACAUUAUCCAUGAAAGAUUUUCAUCAUGUGGAGGUGUGGGCAUAUUGGAAAAAAAAAUCCUAUGAAUUUGUAUUGUUGGCUUUAAGUUGUGGUUAGUUAUAUCUCCUGUCGAGUAGGCCCUCUGUAUUUGUAGUUUAGGCCUAAAUGUAUACUUUUGUAGGGAGUCUUCAAGCUAAGCAUUCGUAACUUCCACACUUAGGAAUUGAAGUGAUGUCUAAUUGUGAAACAUGCCCAACAUAUUACUAUUAACUUUCUUGCUGAGCAAAUAUUCAAUGCCCGAUCUAGCUCCUUCAUGGAUUUUCAGAUCAUUGUAAUCACAGCUAAUCUCCAAAGAAAAAAUCAAAAAGUUACUUUUAAGAUAUUGCAUACCUUAUCUAUGUAUAUCUCAGGACAUGAUUCAUUAUUCUAAAACAGUAGGAUGUGAUUUGAGAGAUAUUCAGCUACUGUUUCUAGCAGGUAAAACUAAAUACACAGCUUAAUGGCAGUUUCUCUUUGAUGUGUGAAAUGUGAAUUCUUUGCUAGGUUGUCAGUCACAUUUCUUCUAUGACUUUAUUAUAAAUGAGAAAUAUCAAACAUAUUACCUCCCUUUUUUUUUUUUAAACCUUUUCUGAUAAAGACCUUUGCUAAGUACACCAGGAUUAUGGUCUCCCCCACAUCAUAUACACUUAACCAAAUUUGUAAAGUUUACUAAAUAACUUACUAGGUAAUUGUACUUUAGACUCCUGCUUUGAGUGAUUGUGCUAAACUGAAUCCUUCCCCUCCACACACAAUCUUCUGCUUGAAACUUCAUUCUAUGUAACUAAAAUAUCUCUAUUUUCCUAACAGCAAGGAACAAAAAGAAAAAUAUUUUAACAGACCUUCCCUCAAUUUCUCUUAUUUUAUUUUUUUGGCUCAAAAUCUUCUAAUGCUUACGAUGAAAAUUUUAUUCCCCUCUCCCAACAUUUUUGGUGUAUUUCUCAACUUUGUCACUCACUCUGCCCACUCUUACAUUCUCUGACAUGGCAUGUAAUAUAUCUUCAUUCUGUUUAUUUCUUUGUCAGAAUCCUUUAACAACAAACAAAAGCAACUAUUUUUCUACUGCUGUCACCUUGAAUGCUAUCGUUUUGAUGUUUGUUUAGCUUGUGAUAACUAUAAUUAUUUUAUCAUUAUUUAAAAGAAAAAAAGUUUUUAUCCACAUCUCCUUUCCAAAAUCUCUGUCUCUCUCACUCACACAAACAAAUACACACAAAAUACUGAUUCCAAUAAGAAACCUUAAAAUUUUACCCCACCUUUCCCAAUUUUGGCUUUUUUUUUGUUCUUAGAUUAUCAAAAUGUUUAUUUUCUGUCUGUGAUCUCUUCUUUAUUUAAUAUAUAAUUACAAAUUCAUAAUUGCCCCACCUUCCUACUCAUUAAAUUGGCUGGAAGUAGUCAUUCCUUCCCCUGAUAUAAAAAUGAAAAGAGAACAAAAAAAAAAAAAUCUCUUAAAUAUUG